AUGGAUCCCUCGCAACAGCAGCAACAUGCGCCGGGCUCCCUUAGCUGGCGAUUGAGCUCGCAUCCUAUUACCCUGUUGACAUUUCUUUCAUUUCGCAUAUCAAGUGUGCUCGUGUACUUCCUCGGGUUGUGGAUCAUUAGAAGCAUGAUCAUGAUCUUCAUCAUUACUAUCCUUCUCCUCGCCGCAGACUUCUACUACCUCAAGAACAUUGCCGGUCGCCGACUCGUGGGGUUGCGUUGGUGGAACGAGGUGGACGUGCAAACGGGCGACUCUCAAUGGGUCUUUGAGAGCAGCGAGCCAGGGACCAAGACGAUCAACCCAACCGAUAGCCGCUUCUUCUGGCUCGCACUCUACACGCAGCCGAUCCUUUGGGUACUGCUUGCCGUUUUCGCGCUCGUACGGUUGCAGUUUCUGUGGUUGCCUCUCGUUGUCAUUGCUCUGGUCCUGACCAUCAUGAACGCUAUGGCCUUUUCGAGAUGUGACAAGUUCAGCCACGCAUCCAACAUGGCCGGAAGCGCGCUUUACUCAGGCGGUCUGGCGGGCAGCAUCGCGAGCAACAUGGUGGGCCGGUUUUUUAACCGGGGUUGA